AUGAGGAGUGUUUUCACUUUACCCUGUUCACUCUUUGCUCUGACGUCAUAACAGCAGGGAAAUGCCCUUACUGUGAAGGGUGUGUCCCGGAAGCUGAGAAACCGAAAGUGCUGUGGUGUGAUGCAGAGACGCUGAGAUUUCAGAUGACGUCGACAACCAUGGAGCUUGUUCCUCUGCUGAGCCUCUGCGUCCUCACCUGGUCUGGAUCAACGUCUGCUGAUGUACAAGGACCAGAGAUCAAAGUGAAAGAAGGGAGUGAUGUGACUUUACCCUGUAACAUCGCAGGGAACAUUGAGUCAAAGCGCUUUAUGUGGAAGAAAGACAAUCAGACGGAGGUGUAUCUGUAUGAUGCUGGCCUUUCUUCCAGUAAGGAUCUAUCAGGUCAAUCUGACCAGUUCAAAGGUCGUGUCUCUCAUUUUCCUGAGAAACUGAAGAAUGGCGACGCCUCCAUAAAGAUCAGAAAAACGAAGGUUGCUGACAGUGGAAACUACACCUGUGAAUUUAAACAUCUUCCAAAUCAAAAAUUCCUCACGAAGCUUCUUGUUGGUGCAAUUUCAAGUCCAAUCUUCAAGACUGAUAAAACAGACAAGGGGAUGAAGCUGGAGUGUGAGGUUCAAGGUGCUACCUUCAAACCUACAGUACAGUGGCAGGAUGGAGCCGGAAACAACCUGAAAUGUGAAAAACCACCGGUCCCUGAAAGCGGAGGCAGCUACAAUGUUACCCUCCAUAUCAUUGUGACCAAGUCAGACUACUAUCGUUGUGUAGCCACACAGGAGGAAAUCAGCCAUCAGGUUUCUACUAGGAACUAUGUCACUGUCCCUGGGGAAAAGAGCGCCGGCACCAGAGAGAUCGCUGCUUGGGCUGUUGUUGUUUUAGCUGUUGUUGUACUUGUGCUUGUUGGACUCUGCGUGUGUUACAGGAGAAGUAAAAGAUAUGGUUAAGAAACAUCCUCUGAAUCACCAGGAGGGUUUCAGCUCCACAUGUGCCGUGAGGUUUCCUGCUGAAGUGUGUGUGCAGUCUGCUGCUUUUCUUCUUGUGUGGACCAGUUCAAGUUUUAGACCGAAGGUGUGAAGAAAUUGUAAAUUGGGGCAUUUUGUUUAGUCCAGGUAAUUUUGAAGUGAAGGUCUGGUUUAAUGACAGACUGAUGUAUAAACUGCAGUGCCUGUCUUACUGCAGCGUAGGACACAUAUUUCUGUCACGUUUCAAACACUUAAAGCCACACAUGCACUGAGAGUUACUGGUUGCUGUAAUCAUUCCUCCUGCUGGUGACAAUAUACAACAAAACACAGGAGACAGAACCCACAGUGUCUGUCCAGCAGUGUGAGUUAUAACCAGUGGGUCUCUGUGCUGACAGCUGUGUGCAGGUUUAUUGUUGGUGUUUUGUCUCUGCAGCUUGUGACUGUCAGGAUGAAUCUUUCUGCUGAGACUCAGCAACAAAACACAGAGGCAAAAUCAAACUAAACAGGCUCUUAUUUUGAAAGUCAUCCAGGAACGAUUACAGUGACCCAUCACUCUGUAGCACGUGAUAAAACCCACACCUGUAGUUUAAAUGUUGAAAACCUUCAUCAUGUGAUGAGGCUGGUGCGUCACACAGCUUGUUCAGCUCGUUUUAAUCCAUUUCUUACUUUGUUUGAUGCAGAAUAUGCAGCUUGAUAGAUACUGCUGUAAAUAUGCUGAAGGAUAAAAGGCUGUUUUCCAUCUGCAGUCCUCAGACAGAUGUUACAUAGUCACUCUGAAAUAAUACGUCCACAAUUAUACAGCACUUCAAUCUUAAAAUGUUCAUUAACAUUCAUAUAAAAACAUUUUAAUUGAUAAAGACAUGUACAGGUACAAAACAUGUAAAAACAGCCCAUAAUUCACAGCUGGACCAACGACACAUGAAGAUGGAGAGGAGAGUGAAGGACGUGCAGUUACAGUCCAGCUGUUAUUAUAUGGAGACAGACUGGAGUGAACAAGGUGGAGGCAGCAGAGAGUGUGUGUGUGUUAGUGCAGACUGAACUGAUGAUCAUUGAACCGUUCCUCAGCGACACUGAUAGAAAUCAUGUGUUUAUGUCUCUGACGUGUGAAGGGGGAUGUUUCCACUCUGGUGCAGCUUCCACACAAAAUCACAGACGGACUAAGAGUCUGGACGUCAGUGUUGUUGAGGACUUUUACAACCUUUAUGCUUCAUUUUUACUAUUUGCUUUGUUUUAUUAUCCAGCUCUGCUUUUUCAUCAUGUGUCAUUUUCAUCAUGUUUUCAAGUUCGUCCAGAAUUUAUCAUCGACAUCGACACAAACAUCAGAGUCACUGAAGUAAAACCUGCUGCUCUGCUGUAAAUGAACAUCAAACAUAAUGUGACUCAUCUUUUAUUUUGAAAUCAGUGUUAUUGACAUUAUUUGGGACAAUCAUGUUGCUUCUUUUAAUUUGUUAAGGUGCUGAUCCAGAGUCUGUCAGGUUCAGUUACAGUCUGAACUGUUGACUGUUGUUGACUGUGAUAUUUGAAUUGUCUCUAUCUGACAGUGAGUUUGUGUUUAUGUUGUUUAGGUUCCAGCUAACAAUCAUUUUAAUUAUUGAUUAAUCUGCUUAUUAUUUUCUCCAGUAAUCAAUUAAUCAUUUUAUUUUAUAAAACACUGUAAAGAGCAAAAAUAAAUUCUCAUUAAAAUCUU